ACAACCUACAGAAUAUUUUGACGCUAAAAAUAGUUCUUCUUGAUUUGAAUCUCGAGAAUCAAAGACUUAAAUGGAAUUGCACUCGAACUUACAAGGAAAACUCUAAAAAGAUUUAGUUAAACUUUUUAGUAUAACUUGUUAUUCUGUAGUUUUUCAUAUCUUCUUUCUCCUCCUCAGUCUACUGUGAUUCUUCAGGUUUCUUUGUCCAAUUUUUUUCUUAAUUUUUUCUUCUUCUUCUUAUGUUGCGGGCACGAAACUCCGCGACGGCAGCUAUUUGCACAAGUGCUGUUCUCGUGAAAUGCAUCUGAGGCAGCCACGGCAGUAAAGUGCUCCGCAUCUUGAUUCGCUGUAGCAGUCAGCGUCCAUGAUUAACUACCUAGAUUAAGUGCUUAUAGUAAAAGCGCUUAUCAUCUAAGUGUUUAACAUCGAACUGUUUUCAAUAUAAGAUAUGUUGUCACAUAAGUGCUUAUGUUAUCAUAAGAAUUGAGAAAGCAUCAACAAAUUGGGUCAUAGGGUUUAGUUAGGGUUUAAGGACCUGAAGUGUGUGUGUGAAGGCUCAGAUCAUAGGGAAGACAUUUAUUUGAAGAGUGAAUUCCUAAUGUAGUUUAGGCACAUACAUAUUUUAUUAUUCUCUUCUGGUGUGUUGUUUACAGGAAUGGAAAUCAAUUUGGGGAAACUUGCAUUUGACAUUGAUUUUCACCCAUCCGAUAAUCUCGUUGCAACAGGACUCAUAGAUGGUGACCUUAACUUAUACCGUUAUAGCGCUGAUAACACUAAUAGUGAUCCUGUGAGGGUGUUAGAAGUUCAUGCCCAUACCGAGUCUUGCAGAGCUGCUCGAUUCAUCAAUGGUGGACGUGCGCUGUUGACGGGUUCUCCCGAUUUCUCGAUACUGGCUACAGAUGUGGAAUCUGGAUCUACCAUUGCCCGACUUGAUAAUGCCCAUGAGGCUGCGAUCAAUAGAUUGAUAAACUUGACGGAGUCAACUGUUGCUUCUGGAGAUGAUGAUGGUUGUAUUAAGGUUUGGGAUACCAGAGAACGUUCUUGUUGCAAUUCAUUUGAAGCCCAUGAAGAUUACAUUUCAGACAUAACAUUUUCAUCUGAUGCAAUGAAACUAUUGGCAACAAGUGGAGACGGGACUCUUUCUGAUUGCAAUCUUCGACGAAAUAAAGUCCAAGCCCAAUCUGAAUUUUCUGAAGACGAGCUAUUGUCUGUUGUUUUAAUGAAGAAUGGUAGAAAAGUUGUUUGCGGAUCACAAACUGGAAUCCUGUUAUUGUAUUCAUGGGGUUGCUUCAAAGAUUGCAGUGAUCGAUUCGUUGAUCUCUCUUCAAACUCUAUUGAUACCAUGUUAAAGCUUGAUGAAGAUAGGAUUAUUACUGGAUCGGAGAAUGGGAUGAUCAACUUGGUUGGAAUAUUGCCGAACAGAAUUAGAUGCGGCUGUUUUGGCCCAAGGGUUAAACCUAUUGUUCCAAACCUCAAUUUCUUAAUUGUUGAUUUUGUAAUUUCAUGCUUGCAGUUUUUGCAGCUUAUUUGGCCUUCAUAUUUUCUGUUUAGCCUCACUAUUGUGUGCGCUGGCACUAGUCUACAUUUUAGAAUGUUACCAAAUUUUUAUCUUGUUUGUGGUUCCUAGUUAGUUUGACUUGUGAUUUUCUUUGAUCUCGUAGCAUUCUCUCAUGAUAGAAAGUUUCUUGGAAGUAUUGGACAUGAUCAAAUGUUAAAGCUAUGGGACUUGGAUAAUAUACUGCAAGGUUCUAGAAGCACACAGAGAAAUGAAAAUGGAGUGGGUGGCAAUGAUGUCGAUAGUGACGACGAA